AUGUACCGGUACUUCGGAGAGAUACUCACCCGGGGAGCGGGCAGCGUCCUGGCCUCGGGCUCCGCCGCCGCCGCUGACUCGGCUCUCCCGGCGUCCGCGUCCCUGCUGCGCUACCGCGGCUACAGCCAGGCCGUGGACCGGGACGACGACCCGAACUUCUUCACCAUGGUGGAGGGAUUCUUCGACCGGGGAGCCGCUAUCGUGGAGGACAAGCUGGUGGAGGGCCUGAAGACCCGGGAGAGCCCCGAGCAGAAGAGGAAGCGGGUCCGCGGGAUUCUGCGGAUCAUCAAGCCGUGUAACCACGUCCUGAGCGUCAGCUUCCCCAUCAAGAAGGACAACGGAGAGUGGGAGGUGAUCGAGGGCUACCGGGCUCAGCACAGCCAGCACAGGACGCCCUGCAAGGGGGGUAUCCGGUACAGCACCGACGUGUCUGUGGACGAGGUGAAAGCUCUCGCCUCGCUGAUGACCUACAAGUGUGCCGUGGUUGAUGUGCCGUUCGGUGGAGCCAAAGCUGGAGUGAAGAUCAACCCCAGGAACUAUUCUGACAACGAACUGGAGAAAAUCACCAGGAGGUUCACCAUCGAGCUCGCAAAGAAAGGAUUCAUCGGGCCCGGUAUCGAUGUUCCCGCUCCAGACAUGAGCACCGGAGAGAGGGAGAUGUCCUGGAUCGCUGACACCUUCGCCACCACCAUGGGACACUAUGACAUCAACGCUCACGCCUGCGUCACCGGGAAGCCCAUCAGUCAGGGAGGAAUCCACGGAAGGAUCUCCGCCACCGGCCGAGGAGUUUUCCACGGCAUCGAGAACUUCAUCAACGAGGCGGCUUACAUGAGCCAGCUGGGGAUGUGCCCCGGCUUCCAGGACAAGACCUUUGUCAUCCAGGGUUUUGGUAACGUCGGUCUCCACUCGAUGCGUUACCUCCAUCGUUUUGGGGCGAAGUGUGUUGGAGUCGGAGAAAUGGACGGAAGCAUCUGGAACCCCAAAGGCAUAGACCCCAAAGAGCUGGAGGACUACAAACUGGCCAACGGGACCAUCGUGGGUUUCCCCGACUCGACGCCGUACGAAGGAAACAUCCUGGAGGCCGACUGCGACAUCCUGAUCCCUGCCGCCAGCGAGAAACAGCUGACCAAGAGCAACGCACACAACAUCAAGGCCAAGAUCAUCGCUGAGGGAGCGAACGGUCCGACCACACCUGAAGCCGACCGCAUCUUCCUGGAGAGGAACAUCAUGGUGAUCCCGGACAUGUACCUGAACGCCGGCGGUGUGACUGUCUCCUACUUUGAGUGGCUGAAGAAUCUGAACCACGUCAGUUAUGGUCGACUCACCUUUAAAUAUGAGCGAGACUCCAACUAUCACCUGCUGAUGUCGGUCCAGGAGAGUUUGGAGAGGAAGUUUGGGAAACAUGGAGGUGCCAUUCCCAUCGUCCCCACCUCUGAGUUCCAGGCCAGAGUCGCUGGAGCGUCUGAGAAGGACAUCGUUCACUCAGGUCUGGCCUACACCAUGGAGCGCUCUGCCAGGCAAAUCAUGCGGACCGCCAACAAGUACAACCUGGGUCUGGAUCUGAGGACGGCGGCGUACGUCAACGCCAUCGAGAAGGUGUUCCAGGUUUACAACGAGGCCGGCCUCAUCUUCACAUAGACACACCUCCACCUGUCAGUCUGUUACCUGUCUGUCUGUUACCUGAAUGUGUGUGUGUGUGUGUGUGUGUGUGUGUGUGUGUGUGUGUGUGUGUGUGUGGUGCAGGGAGUGUCUCAGUGUUUACAGCCUGUCUGUCAGCAGCAGAGUGAAUGAACAGUUUGACUUUGUGUUUCAUUCCUUCAACUCGUCUGUUCUUCUUCUUCUUCUUCUUCUUCUUCUUCUUCUUCUUCUUCUUCUUCUUCUUCUUCUUCUUCUUCUUCUUCUUCUUCUUCUUCUUCUUCUUCUUCUUCUUCUUCUUCUUCUUCUUCUUCUUCUUCUUCUUCUUCUUCUUCUUCUUCUCUUGAAGUGUGAAUCCACCAGGGACACUUCCUGCUCUCAGCUUUAAUGAAUCACCGCUGUGCUGCUUUACAAACAUAUCAACCAAAUAUAUGUGCAGAGAUGAUAGAAAUAUAGAUAAAGAGCUUUAAUGCUGCUGCACUCUUUUCUUUUCACUGUCGGCCUGCAGACACUAUGUGGACAAAAGUAUGUGGACAGACUUCAGAGCGAUCUGGUUCUGUUCGUCCUGUUCUGGACUCGAGCUGAUUAGACGAAUGUCAGACGAUCACAAACACUAAAGUCUGUUGUCUCUUUUCACUGGUGCCUUUUUUGAAUUACUAGAUCAGGUCAUUCAAAAGUAUUCAAACAAAACCAGAACAUGAAAGUUUUGCGUCUCCGGUUGAGCCGCAGCCUCUGGUCAAAGUCUCCGAGGACGCUCUCAAACUCUGAACGAGACAUUUGAAGACGUCACUUCAGAAAUUCAAAUUCUUCAAUUUUUCAUCAUUUUUCACUCAGACUGAAACUAACGAUUAUUUAAUAAUCCUGUCAGUCCAUAAAGUGUCAGGAAACAGUGAAACAGACGACAGAAUCACUGACAGCGUCACGAAGAGACAAACAGAUCAUUUCUAACUUCACAGUCGAUUAAAUGUUAAAAACCAACAAUUUCAGAUUAUUUCCUGGACUGAUCGUCUGGCCCGUCUUCAGAUGUCUCGUUCUGUCUGACAGAACCUGGAGACGGUCAUCUGAUGGGCAGAACAGAGAAAUGAUCCGGUGCCUUUGAGUGAAGUCUCCACGUUCGUCUUCCAUCUUGUGUUAUUUCGAUGCAGUGACCUGGUGCCUCAGGACUUUAGCUUUAAUAUCUCUGCUUUUAGAGCGUCAACUCACUUUAAUAAAGGAGCGUUCGGCUGUUUUGGUCUGUUUUGACUCCAAACCAUCCGUCAGACUUCACACUGACUCUUCAGUUCAGACAGCCGGUGGUUUCACUUCCUUUCCAUGAAAAUCUACUUUGUAAAGACUUGAAACUGUCUGAGGAGAGCCGAUCCAUCAGGCCGGGAACUUUUGUAAAGAACACUUUGAAUGGAAUCAGUGGCUGUCAGUGUAAAACACUACAGCUGACGUGGUGUUAGAACCAGACGGAAACCUGCGGAAUGGUCCUUUAACAUGUACUGUUUUUCCUCUCAGGUCUCGUCACAGUUGCAGCUCAAGCUAACGCUCAUCUAUGCAGUUAAAAUUAGCAAUAUUUCAGGCCUGUUACAGAGCUGUCAGCACCGAGUCUCCGGUCAGAGUUCUGCUUCAGACCGACCACGGACUGAAAAACAAACGCAGCAGGAAGUCGAGUUUUAACCAAUCAGAAACACAAAGAAGUGGCCGUCAUGUUUGAUAUUUGGCGUUUUAUCUCAACAGAAGAGGAUUAGUGUCGCUGUAAAUACACUUUUGAUUUCUGACUUAUUUUACCACAAAGUCAGACUUUAAACUCAGUCAGGAAUGUGUCGGAGCUGCAGACACUCAGUUCGUCUUCCGUCUGACGCUGAACGCUGCGAACACAUGAAGACUCGUCACCGCCCAGUCUGAGUCUGUGUUGAUCUGAAAUCAAGUCAACCUGAAUCCACCUGAUGAGAUGUGGAGCAGGUGGAGCAGGUGGAGCAGGUGGAGACUUCAUGUCUGAUUCAAACCGCUUUGGGAUUGUGUGAGAGUUUUUACGCCUUUUUGUUAAAACCAAAUGUUACAGCAAAAUAAAGAAUAAAAGCCUCGAGUUGAGUUUCUCCUGA